GGGUAACACUGUCCAAUCAAAACACGAAGCAAGGUCAUGUGACUAGCGGGGCUUUUAAAGCUCGUUUGACGGCCAAAACACCGACAAAACUGACAGUUAUUUUGGCAUCAUAUUCUUAAGUUUUGAAAGGGCUCUGUGUUUGUUUCACAAUGGGUUCAUCGUGUCACCAAGCAUCUCAUUUAUUCACUCCUUUUAAAGAUUUCACAGUGCAAGUCCAACGGAUAAUGGAGGCUGGUUGCCGGCCAGAAGACUGGCUUGGCUACCUACGACGUCUGGAGACGGACCCUCACUUUUCAGACACAACCAACAGAUAUCGGUCACUCUGCAGCAUGUACAACAGCGCCCUCAAACACAUCGCUCUUGACAAGAACAAAACAAAUCCAGCCUACGCUCAGAUCUGCAUCAACUUUGCCAAACUUAAAAUGACCCAUGAUCCCGAUGAUGCCCGCAUGUUUUUCAAGUAUGCUAGAGCCAACAUAAAGACGUUAGCCAUAGUCCAUGUUGAGGCUGCGCAAUUUGAGCUUGACCAAGGAAACAGAGACAAAUGCCUGGACAUCUUGAAGAAAGCUAAGAAUCUGAAGGUGGAACCCCAGCAGAUGAUAGCCACAGCCGUACAACGAUUCAACAUGGCUAUGACUUCUCUACACAGUGAUGAGAAUGGUGAUUCUAGGACGACAGGGGAUCAGGGACAAUGGAUCAGUGCUGGCUCAAAACCACCUGUUGGACCAAAUUCAAGAGUUACAGCCACCAGAUCUACUUCUCUUGAGAACACUAAGCCCCAGAUUGCAGCCCUGCAACCACUCUCCAAACACUUGACGCCAUCUCACACCAAUGGUCCACCUUGCAGCCAGGCUACAAACAGACAACACAAUCAAGCAAUGCUAUCUGCUCAGUCUCAGCCUCAAGCCAAACCAGACACUGCGGCUGCUCACGGUGAAACGCCGGUCUUCCAGGAAUAUGUGGACUCAACUGUCAGCUUUGGUCGAUCAGGAGGCAGGAAACGGCAGUCAAGUGGAGCAAGCAGCUCAGAUGAUGGAGACACCAUUCCCUGGCUGUUCAAUAAGCCGUGGGAGGUAGCAUCCCGUCCUGUUGCACCCGCUGGGAAUGUAACGUCGCAGAGUGCAUCCAAGCUGAAGAGAGGGAAUAUCUACACGCCUGACUGUAAAAGUCUGCCUGUGUGUUACAGUGUAGGCGAAGCAUCACGUAGAAAGAACAGACCUAUUUAUGGCACAGCACAGCGAGUGAAACGUUCCUCACUGAUACUUCAAGAAGUCCCCCCAUCCAACCCUGACGAUAGUGACGAUGACUUCCCUUUCCCAGACAUCAAACCUUUAGAGAAGACCGUCUCACCCGGAGAGGACAAGAGUGACUCAAGAAACGAAAGACUGACGGCAAUCAUUGAAUCGCCACAGCAGACGAGCAAUGAUUCAGGUGUCGCUAUGAUGACCACCCCAUCUACAGAACAACCACGACCUCCUACACUGUCCAGAAACUACAGUAAUGUAGACACCUUACGCCUACACACCCCUUCUCAACAUGAUGGAAAGCCCCAGGCCAGUCAGCAAAGAAUGCAAAGUGGACUGUACCAAAUGCAAGAUAAGGGGAUAUCGCAAGAUGCAUCAUCUGUGAGCCAGGAAACACCAAAUGUACCACAUAGUGUCAAGCCUGAACCUCCGGUGUCCCGUCCUACAUAUCAACCCCCGCUGAUAGAAAAUGGGGCAAGCCAUCAAAAACCCAUCCAUUACUAUGGAAACAACCAACAUUACAGUCAGCAAAUGAUGGCGCCAAUGCCCGUACCCCAACCUGUACAGAGGAAGGAUGUCAUCACUGUCAAUAAAGUCACAUAUACUAUCCUACGAAUCAUCGGGAAAGGCGGUUCAUCAAAGGUGUACCAAGUGUUCAGUGAGAAUAAGAAGAAAGUUCUAGCCAUUAAAUAUGUCAAGUUGGACUGCGCUGACGACAUGACCGUACAGGGCUAUAUCAAUGAGAUCACACUGCUCCAAAAACUGCGUAAUAGUGAAAACAUCAUACAUCUCUAUGACUUUGAGAUCACCGAUUCCCACAUCUAUCUGGUCAUGGAGUGCGGAUCCAUCGACUUGGCCACCUUCUUGAGUAAACAUAAGAAGAUUGACCCUCAAGACAUGAAGUUCUACUGGCGAGGGAUGUUGGAUGCGGUGGAUGUAGUCCACCAAGCAGGCAUCGUCCACAGUGACCUGAAGCCAGCCAACUUCUUAUUUGUGGAGGGCACACUGAAGCUGAUUGACUUUGGCAUUGCUAAUGCCAUUCAGAGUGACAAGACCAGCGUGGUCAGAGAGUCUCAAGUAGGGACGUUGAAUUACAUGUCACCUGAAGCCAUUCAGGACACGUCACCGUCACCCCAGGUGGACGCCAAUGGACACAGGAGACCGAAACUCAAGAUUAAUUGUAAGAGUGAUGUGUGGUCCCUUGGCUGUAUCUUCUACUACAUGGUUUAUGGCAAGACACCGUUUCAGCAUAUCACUCUCAGCCUAAUGAAACUCCAAGCCAUCUGUGAUCCAAGGCAUGUGAUCGAGUUCCCAGCUGUUGACAAUCCACAUCUCCUUGACCUUCUCAAGAAAUGUUUGAUCAGAGACCCUCGGGAAAGACCUUCCAUUCCUGAACUCAGAAAGCAUCCGUAUUUCCUGUCAGAAGCAGCCCCUGUGCAGGAGGAAGCAAGCAAGCCUAACUUGACAGAGGAGCACCUGAAGAGUUUAAUAUCCCAGCUGAGUCACGCACAGAUCAAUUCACCAACCAGCAUCACGGCAGUGACUAGGACUCUCAUGGAGCAGUUGCAGUCCGGUCAGCAGUUCGACAUUUCUACAGCCCUAGGGUCAAAGGUCAGAUCCAGACCAUUCCAGCAGGUUGCUCAACAGCCUCCUACCCAGCCACCAGCACCACCUCCACACCAACCAUCAUUUGAUAUGCCUCAACAACCGCCUCAGUUGGCUCAGCCUAGGCAAGCAAACAGAGUACCCCUACAGGUUGUGCAGCGGGAAGCACUGCAACAGGCUCAGUCAGCUCUCAAACCACUGUGCAGAUCACAGAGCAACAAGUACAUGAGACAAGAAAGCCAUGAAAAGGAGAACCGUGAUUUGGAAGCCGUGUUGAGAGGUCAGUUAGCUCACAAAUACCAGAACGCACUUCCUACUCAAGUCACAGAAGAGCAGACGUAUGAGCAAACUUGGGGAACAGAAACUAUGAAAUGAGCGGCAGAAUACUCCGAGUGAUCACUCUCAAGUUCUGCAUACAUUUAGCAGUGCAACCGGUCAGCCUGUCGAGUACUCUAAUGUUGGUGCAGUCCACAAACCGAUGACAGCAACUUUUUUGUACAAACCUCAGUUCUUGUGCCAGUAAUCAGGGCUCUCUGUCUCAUUGGAGAAGUAUCUAACAAUUAAUGAACUUGAACAUUUUGUUUAUUUACUUUGUAUACAAAUUCUACACUUUACUUUUGUGUGCCUGGGUCAACAUGCAUAAAACUAAUUCCAGUUAGUUAAAAGAAUGCAAUAAGUUAGAGCUUUUCUUUACUCAAGUAGUUUGUUUCUUUUAUCCGUUGUAUAAUAGCACUAAUCUCUAUCAUGUAAUCCAUAGAAUACAGUUGAGCUCCAAUUUGGAAAAGCCAUUUUCCCAAAUGGAAAACCACAUGAAUGUGUUUACAUACAUACCUGUGACAAAUUAACUUUCAGACACUAAAAAGUUGUGACUCUUUAGACAUCUUUGCCUUGUGUUUUAUUUUGUUUCUUUGUUGUUUUUGCUCUUCAUUUAUUAUGCAAUCUGUAACAUUAAACGUGUUAUUUUAUUCAACUGUAAAUAUAGACACUGGCAUAAAAGCUUAAUUCCAUCGUAAACUAAUGCUUGAACUUAACAAAUAUAGUAAAAAGGAACAGCCGUGAUCAUGUGGGAUAUAAUUGAAAUGAAUCUCCAUUUGAAGUAUGAAAUGAGUAUAUGUUGCUGGUGACUUUCUGGUUGUUCGGCACUUUGUUGCAUAUUACUGUAUGUUGAUAAAUGAAAUGGAACAUGAUCAACUUGUCCGCUUUGUAGUAUAGCAGUGCUAACAAUUCGCGUGGCUUUUUUAUAUAACGUUCGUUUGCUGUAUAUGAUUUUUUGCCAGUGUUGCAAACAUCUUUUACAUUGAAGGAUAAAGAUGUAUUUGAUUCCUGCAAUAAUUGAACACAAAAAUGGGCUUUGAUAGUAAAUGUAAAUAGGCAACAAAGAGAGAAAUCACAAGAGUCAUAAUAAUAAAAAAGAAACAUUUAUUAUGAAAA